UGGUGAAGCGCAUAAAAGUUUGUCCGCGCAGAUUUCAGCAUCGUCAGCUCCUAAGAGACCGAGUUUCGAAGCCAGCGUGAGCUCCAGCUUUCCAGAAGUUUUCUCUGCCGAUUUCUCUACACAAGACAUGCUUCCCAUCAACUUGUUGAGUCUUCUCUUAACUAUUGGCUUGCUCCUUCUCUCGAAUUUUGGCAAACUGGAAGCUCAAGGAGCAAGUCAUGCCGCCAGAGAAUAUUUUGAUGAUUCGAAGGCUAGUGGAUACCAACAAUACCUGGAGAACAUUCUCAAGGAUAGACAGUACCGGCUAUCCCUGCCUCCAAGUGAUGUGGAACUUCUAAAUGCCCUGAGGAAGCGCCAAAUCAGAUAUCAUCCAUGUUACUUCAACCCUGUUUCUUGCUUCAGAAGGAAGUGAAACUCACUAGCUGAAGACCUCUGAUGGGCAUUUCUUGGAAAGCAUUCGAUGCAGUAUGAGAAUUCAGAAAACGUUGUGUGUUAGAUAUUGAAUUUUUGUUUUCGCCGUUUUUGUGAAUGUAAUGGUUUGGUAGGAGUGAUGAUCGCUUUUUUACAGUAGUUUUCGGGAGUACGUGUAUCUUACUAUAAAUUUCGUAAAAUGUGUGAUGUUGUUUUAUUGGAAAUAAUAAUAAUUGCAUUUGUAAAACCAGUAGCUCUUUUUAUUUAUAUUUAUUCUUCUGGAAUGAAAAUAUGAAGCAAAUAUUUGUAAUACGAUUGUUUUUAGAUAUUGAAUAAUUGGUAACUGAAUAGAAAUAUUAAAAGCUUUCCAGUCUGUGUA